AUGAACAACCCCCAGAGCAGCGCCAUCACCGUCAAAAUCGAAGUGACAGACGUCAACGACAACCCUCCGAAAUGGCCUCGAGACCCCAUCACCAUCAGCGUGAGCGAGAACGCCGAAAUCGGCGCCUCCAUCUACAAUCUCACCGCCACCGACGCCGAUUCUGGCAGCAACAGCGACUUGAGGUAUUCCCUGCUGGAGCAGCAUCCACAGAGCGACGCCUUCUCGGUGGAUUCGCUCACGGGGGCGCUGAAUUUAGCGUCCAAAUUGGACUUCGAAGCCACCAAGGAGUACCUUCUGGUGGUCCUGGCGACUGAUCAAUGCCAGAACGCGUCGGAGCGGCUGAGCGCCUCGGCGACGCUGCGGCUGCUGGUCGACGAUUACAACGACAACGCUCCGAGGUUCGUCGCUCCUGCUGGUCCGGUGUACACCAGCGAUUCCACUGCUCUGGGAUCGACUGUAGCUCAUCUUAUCGCGGUGGAUGAGGAUAGAGGCGAUAACGGUAGAGUGACCUACGCGAUGUCCGGAGGCAACGACGAGGGAUUGUUCUCGCUGGGGUACGAUACCGGGAGUUUGACGUUGACGAAGCCGUUGGAGGAUAACGGGAAGUCGUUCGUUUUGAACGUCACGGCGAGCGAUCACGGGAACCCUUCGAAGACGACCGCUAUGGAGUUGAAGUUGAUCGUGCAAAGUUUCGUGGAUGCUGCGCCUAAGUUUCUGGAGGUUCAGUAUGUUGUUGAGGUAGCUGAAGAUGUUGCUGUCGAUACAGUCAUCACCAAGUUGUCGGCUCGAUCUGGACUAACAGAAGCAAAUAAUCUCACCUUCAUCUUACCAUCCGACGAGACGUUCCGCAUAAACUCACCAACCGGAGAAGUCUUAGCGAAGAAACGCCUGGAUCGCGAAGCAAUCGACACUUACGUUCUGACCGUCUUCGUCAGCGAUUCUUCCUACAAAACCACUUUAUUCGACACCACCACCUUAAUCAUCAAAGUAACGGAUAUCAACGAUAACGUUCCGAAGUUUCGAACAGGCUCCUGCUAUCGAUUGUCCGUGCCGGAGAACUCCGAAACGUCCGUGGUGCACACGAUGGUGGCCGAAGACGGGGACGAAGGGUCCAACGGUGAGGUGUACUACACCAUCACCAGCGGGAAUGCGGGGAAUAAAUUCAGCAUCGAUACGAAGACGGGGGAGUUGACAGCUCGACCGUUGGACAGAGAAAGCCAGUCCAAGUAUUUCCUGACGAUAGUAGCGAAAGAUCGAGGGACUCCAGCCAUGCAGAGCGUUUGUAAUUUGACGGUGACUGUAGAGGAUCAAAACGAUAACGAUCCUAAGUUCGAUUUGUCCGAAUAUUCCACCGCUAUUUUGGAAAACGUGCCGGUUGAUACAUCGGUGUUGAAAGUUCACGCCUCCGAUGCUGAUUUAGGAAUAAACGCCAGGAUUAUUUACUCGCUGUCCAACGAAAGCCACUGGUUGUUUCGAGUCGAUAACAAAACAGGAGUCAUCACAACCACUGGCUCGUUCGAUAGGGAAAAAGAAAACGUUUACACGUUUCUGAUAGUAGCCACGGACGGUGGUAAAUACAACGCCAGGAGCCAAAGCGUUCCGGUAACGGUUAAAAUACUCGAUUUCAACGACAACAAACCGACAUUCACCCGCUACCCUUUCAAAGAAAAAGUAACCCCUUACAUCCAACCCGGCCAACAGAUCAUCAAAAUCACAGCGACAGACGACGACGAAGCCACCAACGCCGAAAUCGUCUACACCAUCUCCACGGACGAUUCCAACGGCAAAUUCCGCAUCAACCCCAACACCGGAAUCAUCACCACCACCCAAUCUCUAGCCGCCCACAAAGGCAAAAUCAUCUACUUAAACGUGCUGGCAACAGACAAAGGCAACCCGCCGAUGAGCUCCUCGGGUUUGGUGGAGAUCCAAGUGGGUGACCUGCCGGAGACCUCCCCCAGUCUGCUCUUCCAGAACGCUACUUACGCUGUUACUUUAGCGGAGAACACCGAGAGGCUCAAGGAGGUUGUCAGGGUGGGGGCGGUGCGCAGCGACGGCCGCCGCCAGCGCGUCGCCUACUCCAUCGGCGCCGGCGAUGAUGCCGGCGUCUUCAUCAUCGACUCCACCACCGGUAUUAUCCAAGUACGCGAUCCAGACGGCUUGGACUUCGAGCUCCACCGGAACCUCGCCUUGGUGGUGGAGGCGAGGACUGAAGGACAACCCGAUUUGCGCGGGUACUGCGAUGUAAUCGUGCAACUAACCGACGAAAACGAUAAUUCUCCGAAGUUCACGCAGCGACAAUAUGCGGCUAGUGUAUGGGAGGGUAACAAGAAAGGUGAGUUCGUGCUGCAGGUGGUUGCUGGUGAUGCUGACGAAGGCGCCAAUUCGAGGAUACUCUACCACAUCGUUGAUGGUAAUCACGAUAACGCUUUCAAAAUCGAGCCGGCUUUUAGUGGGAUUUUGAAGACCAACAUUGUGCUGGAUAGGGAAAUCAGGGAUGCCUACAGGUUGACUGUGAUUGCUACCGAUGAAGGUGUACCGCAGAUGACCGGCACGGCGAGGAUUCGAAUCAAUGUAGUCGAUGUCAAUGAUAAUCAACCGACUUUCCCGCCUCACAGCGUUAUUACUGUGAAAGAAGAUACUCCCGUUGGUACUGUAUUGACGAUUGCUACUGCUAACGAUGUGGAUACUUAUCCUCCUUUAACCUACGGUUUUGCUAAAGAUAACUACAAGAAAGAUUUGCAGUAUUUUAGUAUCGAUAGGUACAGCGGGAAGGUGAUUUUGAAGAAAAGUUUGGACUACGAGACGUGGCAGGAGUGCAAAAUCGGCAUCGUCGCUUCCGAUGGAGUCCAUUCGGCUCAAACUUCUUUAACUAUCAAAGUUAUAGAUGUUAACGAUAAUGCUCCGUCGUUUUCGCAAUCUUCGUACUUCGCCACUUUACCAGAAGGAAAUUCUCCGACGUUAAUAGACAUAGCGUAUUUAAACGCCAGCGACGCGGAUUCGGAAGAAAACGCCAAAUUGCAAUACUCCUUGGUAUCCUCUUUAGCUGGAUUUUCGAUCGAUGCUGAUGAAGGAAUCCUCAAAGCUAAUUUAUCAGCAACUUCACGCUAUACAGACGAAAUUUUACUAACCAUCAAAGCUACAGACAUGGGAAAUCCCCCGCAACACUCCAUCGUACCGAUUAGAAUCAGAACCAACGGAGACGCCUCUUCUACCGGCUCGAAAACUCUCGGCAAAACGGAGUACAAGAUUAGCGUGCAAGAAAACACCACCAGAGGCUCCACCAUAAUGCAUCUAACCAAACCACCAUCGAUAUCAUCCACCUAUUACCGAAUAGUAGACGGCAACGACGACGGCAACUUCGAGGCGAUCAACCCAUCGGGCGCCCUCGUGCUGGUGAAACCGCUCGACAGGGAAACCCGCGAUACUUACAACCUCAAAAUAACCGCAGACGCCUCUUCGAUGUCGCUGGUAACCGUCGAAAUAACCGUCGAAGACUCCAACGACAACCCGCCGAUGUUCCAAUCGACCGACCACGCCACCACCAUCAGCGAAAACCUGCCGAUCGGAGCCUCCGUGGAGGCUUUGUUAGCAAUCGAUGCGGAUUUACCUCAAUCGCCCAACUCACGAAUCCUCUACAGCAUCACCUCCGGCAACGACGAAGGUUGCUUCGCGCUGGAUUCUCACACCGGACUUCUCACUGUCAACAAGUCGCUGGAUUUCGAUCGAGGCGCCGUCGACUACAACCUGGUGGUGAAAGCCUGCGACGAAGGCUCGCCCAGCUUGUGCGCUCUACAAACGAUCGCGGUGAGCCUGCAAGACGAGAACGACAACGAACCGAUGUUCCCGGUCUCGGAGUACUUCGAAUUCGUCGGGGAAAACGAAGCAGUAGGAACGGUGGUGUUCACAGCGCGCGCUUCGGACGCCGAUAGAGGUCGCUUCGGACGAUUAACUUACUCCAUUCUACCGUCGUACGCUCAAUUGGACAACUCCUGGAAGCUGUUCAACGUCGAUUCCACCACCGGUUUGGUUACCACUUCUACGGCCUUCGAUUACGAGCAGCGGAGUCGCUAUAACUUCGUUGUAAAAGCGGAAGAUGCCGGUGGGAAGUUUACUUCGGUGAAAGUUCGCGUUGAUAUCGAGGGUAAGGACGAGUUCCAUCCGCAGUUCACCGAAAGGACCUACAAACUGACUUUAGCUACCUCAUCAGCUCUACCGGUCGGUUAUAUCGUUGGUCACGUAACCGCUACCGAUAGAGAUAAGGGACCUGAUGGUAGAGUUGUGUAUCAGUUAAUGACGCAACAUUCUUACUUUAAAGUUAACAGAACCACCGGUGAUAUACUUGUUAAGAAGAAGUUUGAUUAUGUAGAAAUACCGAAUAACGGUAGGGAGAUUAGUUUGGUGAUAACGGCUAGUUCAGGUCGACAAGGAUCGUUAACCAAUAUGACUGUAGUGGAGAUUAUCUUGGAUCCUCUAGCUGAUCCUGGUACUAAUUUGGCGAUUAACAGAGGCGAUGCAAUUCCGGCCACAACCAGCGGCAUAGCAGACUGGGCUCUGGGUCUCCUCAUAGCUCUUCUGUUACUGAUAAUCGCCUUCGGCGCCGCCUUCGUUUUCUUGCACAUGCGCAACAAACGCAACAAGCAAUCGACCAAACCCAACCUGGGCGCCGCCGACGCCGUAUCGACCGCCAACAACUUCGUCGACGCCGAUCCGCGGCGUCGCCGGCGCCGCCGCCGCCGCCGCGGGCCAAUUCGCGCCGCCCAAGUACGACGAGAUACCGCCGUACGGCGCGCCGCACCCGGCCAGCUCGAAUUCCGGCGCCGCCACCACCUCCGAACUGUCCGGCUCCGAGCAAUCCGGCUCGAGCGGUCGCGGAUCCGCCGAGGACGACGGCGACGACGAGGAGAUCCGCAUGAUCAACGAAGGACCGAUGCAGCUUCGAACCAACGACGAUGAUAGUUUAUCGAAUACAUCUGUUAGGAAUACUCAGGAGUACUUGGCGCGGUUGGGUAUCAACAAUACCAUCCGCAACGGGGCGAGGAUAGGCGCCGACCGCGCCAAUCAACCGGCGCCUUUGGGUAUGUUCAACGAAGAAAGCAAUGACAACGACAUCGCAGCUUUGAUAUACGCCAAAUUGAACGAUGUGGGUGGUGGUGAUCGAGCCGGGGAUGUACCUACUGGGGCACACAUGAUGAACAAUUACGGGGAAGUCCAAACCGCUACUCAUCAACCAUCGAUGAACGGCUCGUUGAGCUCCAUCGUGCACAGCGAAGAGGAACUAGCUGGUAGCUACAACUGGGACUAUCUGCUGGAUUGGGGCCCGCAGUACCAACCUCUAGCGCAUGUCUUUUCGGAGAUAGCGAGGUUGAAGGACGACACGGCGUCGGUGCACAGCGGCGCCAGCGGGGCGUCGAGCGCCAAGAGCAAGAAGGCGGCGCCGGCGCCGGCGGCUGGGAGGGGAAGGGCGGUGUUGGUGGCGCCGCGGUCGCCGAUUAGCCACGAGGGUGGGGGCGGGGGGGCGGCGAUGUCGCCGAGUUUCGCGGCGAGUUUGUCGCCGCUGGCGACGAAAUCGGGUGCGGGGGCGGCGGGGUUGCCGGUGGUGCAUCACGUGAUUGGGCGGCAGGCGGCGGCGAGGGGUAAGUCGAUGGUCGAUGCUGAGUUGAGUAUUUGA